AUGGAUGAGCCACCGAAUCGAAGCCUUUCGACACCAAACGAAGCCGACGAAGUGCCCACCCUUUUACUCUCUAAGGAUGAGCAGCGCGUCCUUGCUCUUUAUGAUGAGUUUCGCGACCUCGAGAUCAAGGUCGCCCUGAUAAAGGCGCAACAGAGCCAUGUCUCAGAAGACGAUGUGAAAAAGGCCCAGCAGGACGCGUCGACGGCGCGUGCGGGAUGGCUUCUGAGGAACAAUAUCACGGACAGCGUCAUGACUGCCAACCCCAUUCUCAAAGCCGUCCAUGGGAGCACGCAGUUAACACCCAUCGAAACUGACCUUCUACCACACAUCCGCUCCCGCGACACCGUCUCCGUCGCCCUCGCCAACAAAUCAGAAGACAUCCGCAGCCUCGUCAACCAGCUGACCGAGGUGGAAGCCGAGAGCUUACGAGUCGGCCGGAAAAACGUGGAGCUCACAGCCGAGAUCCUCAGGCUCACCGAGGAUGCGGAAAAGAGAAGAGCGGGCGAGACCGACGACCCCGCCGUGCAGGCGGAGAUGGCCAGACUUGAAGCCGAGAUGAAAGCGAGCAGACAGCGGUGGAAAGUGAUGAAAGGCACCGCUAGUGCUGUGGUCGUUGGCAGCGGCGUGGACUGGUCCAGAGAUGAAGCGCUGCGAGACGUAGUACUGGACCCCGAAGAUGACGAAUAA